GUAACACACAUUGUUCACGGCCCCUUCGAGGCGAUACAUAUACACGAUAUGGGAAAGUAAAUUGCCGAUAUUUUGUGUCAGUGGACCUACGAUGUCCACAUUAACUGUUCGAAAUUCAAAUCAAGAGUAUGUAGUGCCGGCAAGCUCAUCACAGGAUGUCCAGCCGUCCCCUUUAGCCCUUCUGGCUGCGACUUGCAGUAAGAUCGGAGCCCCUCCAGAAGCUGACGCCUACAAUCAGGGAGGGGCCCAAACAGUUCGCGUGUUAGGGGCCGGACAAUCGAGUACAGCGCCAGGGGAAAUCGUUGCUCCUAGUUGGGUGCAACUUCCAACAGGUGCAGUCGUGGACGCCAACGCUAGUAAUGGAGGAAAACAGACGGGGAGUGUCACGAAUCUUGCGGCGGCAGGACAGCUUAUUCAACAAAGUCCGCAAGUCGUGGCAACGGUUGGACCUGGUGGCAGUAUCACGUACAAUGUUAUCCCCUCCUUCCAAACAGUUUCAGUGGAUGGUCAGGAAGCAAUUAUUAUCCCAGCAGGGUCAACAGGCCAAGCUUUUUUUGCAGCAGGAGGGAUGGGUAAUCAAACUAUGGUUACCCCAACAGGUCAGAUUGUUAGAGCACAAGGUCUCUCUGGUGCCAAUGUGAUAUCAAAUGUGGGUUUUCCAAACCUUACAGGAAAUGUUGUGAACCUUGGAGGUAAUGUGCUGAAUCUGGCAGCUGCAGGUAUGCAGUCUGCAGUGCGUGCAUCAAAUCCAGGUGUGGUGCAGACGAUGCAGCUACCACUUAAUCAGGUACAACAAGUUCCCAACAUGAUUCAAAUUCCAGUAUCUGUAGGUGGACAAACAGCAAUUCAAACUAUCCAGUUGCCUGUUCAGACAUUCCCUACGGGGUUACAGACUGCUUUACCCCAGGGUGUUGUGGCAGCUCCUGGGGCUGUGGGAUCUUUUUGGGACUACCGCACAGACAUUAUCACAGACUCAGAUGACUUCUACCCAGGUGCCACACUCUGUUUCCACUCCCACAUGUGUUCUGCUCAAACUUCACCUGAAGAGGUUCAAGCCAAGUCUGAAAAGGUGGUUGAUGAAAUAAAAAUAUCAGCAGGACAAACAGUGUCGUCAGUUAAUCAGCAGCAGUUAUCAGCAGCUCAGCAAACUGCCAAUAAUAUUCAAACUGCAAUUGCAAAUCAGGCAAUGGCAAAUGGGAACUUUGCAAAUAUAGCCAUUGGUCCUAAUGGGCUACCUGCUUUAAUUCCAUUAGGAGCAAAUAUGCUGAAUACUGGUACCACUCAAUUGGUGCUACCCGCUUCACAACCAGGUGCAGUUUCGCAAAAUCCUGUAUCGUAUGCUGUAGCUUCUUAUCCCCAGAGUGGGACGGCAACCACAACCACUACAACCACAUCAAGUUCUAAUGGUAGCCAAAAUUUGAAUUCAAAUGUUGUUACAAACAUUCUUAGCCCACAGCAGAUCAUGCAAGGUGUAGGGCAAAAUAUUAAUGUAGCUAACCUUCAACUGGCAGGACAAAGUCAAGUAAUCUCUCAGAAUAUAUGGCAGCAGGCACUCAAUGUAGCUAAUGUUAGACCAACUAACCCACAGACUGUUCAAGUCCAGAAUCUUCAAAGUCUUCAGAACAUACAAAGUUUCCAGACAAUACAAAACCUUCAAAAUAUGCAAGGUCUACAGACUGUCACCCCACAAGGACAAAUCAUCAAUGGAUCUUCUGUACAGAAUCUUGGUGCAGUGACUCUCUCAUCUACUGGUGCUAUCACUGGUAUAACUCAAACCCCAGCUCUGCAGCAGUUGACUCCACAGGUACAGGCCAUCCAGAGCAUCGGUAAUCAGCAGAUGGCUGCAACACAGUCAACAAAUGGAACACAAAUAAUUGCCACCACAGCUACCGGACAACAGGUUCCUUUCCAGCAGGAUCCAAAUGAUCCAACAAAAUGGCAAGUUGUAGCCACUUCACCAGGAACACCUAUCAGCGCUCUCAGUCCAACACAAGUUACAUCACAGUCUGUGCCCACUGACACACCCACUCCAGGUCGCAGACUGCGUCGUGUUGCAUGCACAUGUCCAAAUUGUCAGUCGGAUGGAAGAAAUACUGGAGAAAACAAGAAGAAACAGCAUAUAUGUCACAUGCCUGGAUGUGGAAAAGUAUAUGGGAAGACUUCACAUCUACGAGCACACUUAAGGUGGCAUACGGGAGAGCGACCAUUUGUAUGUAACUGGUUGUUUUGUGGCAAGAGAUUCACACGUUCUGAUGAAUUGCAGAGACAUAAACGAACACAUACAGGUGAGAAAAAAUUCCAGUGUUCAGAGUGCAACAAACGCUUUAUGCGGAGUGAUCACUUGUCAAAACACAUAAAGACACAUAACAACCGCCGCAGUGGGCAGCAGAACGCAGUGUCCAGUACUCAAGUGACGACAGAGGAGGAACCCGACAUUGAAUACAAUGAAGAACAUGAUACCAUCCAAACCAGUCAUCAAGUGGAAAAUGCAGAUGAUGAUGAUGACGACGACGAUGAUGAUGAUGAUGACGGCAGUGACUCUGCAAGCAUGAAGUUGAUGGUUGAAGAUGUUACACAACAGCUUUAGAGUCAAUACAGAUUCAGUUCACCAUGUGUGAUCCAGCCGUAACAGUUACAGUGCUUAAAUUAGGCCACUAGUCAAAAGCCAAGGUCUAAAAGUCAGACUGAAGUGUUCUGCACAGAGACUGCAGAUUGCUCAGCAUUGUGUAUUAAUUAUAUCUCAUGAACAUGAGAAUAACUCACAAGUCUUCACUUACUUCUUGAAUCACUGUAUGCAUAUUGAGCAGUUGUUUUACACAUAAUUCAAACAUUGUCAUUACAGAUGACUUUGUCUUGUUACAUAGAGGGCAAGUUUGGCCCAUCGGUGUGACUAUUAUUCACUAACAUAGUCAUCCUGAGUGACUACAGGAGUGAACUCAGAAUGUUUAUAUGUUCCUCACAAUCAAGUUAUUCACAACAAUAUUAACAAGUGACCAGUAUGAUUGACUAGUCUCCUGUGGCAUACUGAGUGUAUGACAGUAGACGGACCGGAUGCCAUGUGGACUUACGAUGCAUACUGCCAGUCUAGGUAACUAUCACAGGAGUAUUUCAAAGACUCAUUCCGUGGACGUUUACAGCAGAUUAUUUUUCUGGCUCACUGGUCCUUUAAAGGGCUCCAUCGGUGUUGUAGUGGUUGCCUUUGAACUUUUUUAUGUUUUCCAAAAUGGUUGAGUGGAUCAGCUGCAGUUUUUUUGUGGAUGUUUACUAAAAGGAGGUUAAAAUUUUGUCAAAGCAUAAAAUUGGAUUUGUAUUAAGGUCACCAGGUUUAUCUGAGAGAAGACUAUUUUUUUUAAAUCUAAUAAAAAAACUUUGUGUUUGAAGGGUCCAUAUUGGAAAAUACAAAAAAGUCAUUCAUCAUCCAAUGUAGACAUCAUUCUUUGAGAAACAACUUCACAUGCUUGUUCUCACCAAUAAUUAUACCAGAAUUGGUUCAUCCAGUUCAUAUCUCACAUCAAGUAACGACACCACACCUUGACCAUUUCUGCUAAAAAUGUAAUGCUAUUACAUUGUUUCCAAACUCAUUCACCAUAUACUCUGAAAUUGCCUGAUGGGGAAGCGGAACUUGGCUUGCUGUUUCUCCUCAUGAUGACAUAUUAUAUUGUUCAGUUCAUUUGUGUUUACAAUGUUGGAAUCCAUGUUGGGACAGUGCCCACCACAGAAGUUUCACACUUAAUGCAACAUUUUAUUUUUUGGCAUUGAUAAGACCUUUGCACUUUUCACCAUGCUAUUUAAGCCUUUCAGAAUGCCUCUCCAACAACUGUAAACACUGCAGAAGCUAAGGGUACAUAUAAGUAUUAAUACAUGUUAGUAUCAAUAGAUUCUUAAUGUAAGUGCUGCAAUGGCAGUACAUUGAUAUCAAGAUAAUGUUGAUGUUAGCAACAGCUAUUAAUAACAUUGUGUUAAUACCAUACAAUUGUGUAAAAGAAUGUGUUUAUAGUAUAGACCAAAAUGUUGAAAUGUCUCUUCCCCAGCACAAAUAUGUAAGCAUGAGCAGUUAUUACCAGCAGCAUACUGAAAUCAGCUACUUGAUCGAGUCAGAAUAAGUCAAUAUAAUCUAUUUUAAAAACUUUUCACAUGUUCAAGGAAAAUGUGUUAAGAGGUCACCAACCCUCCAUUAUUCACAUCAGCAACAAUCACAUUGCCGCUUUUGAAUGAACCUGAGUUGACAGAGAAUGGACAUUUACAACAUGUAUCCAUUAACUCAUUAACAACUAUAUUUCCAGUACUUUUGAGCAUUUUAUGUCAACAUAUUCACAGCCUAAGUACUUCACUUAAGGUUAUUAGUGUGUUAUAUAAAUACAUAAUGUAAAGGCUGCUACUAUUUCGCACAAUAUUAGAAUAUGUACACCUGGAAAUACAUUAAGCACAUCCCAUAUUGUCACCUAUACGCGUUCGGUUUUUAAAUUACAUUUAGCGGUCUUAAAUCAACAAUAAAGGACCGCAAAAUUGAAAACAGAGUAGCUUUUUCUUCUAAUUGUAAUGAAUGAGUCAAGUUUUUUUGCAGGCAAAAUGUGUUCGAGAUAACAGUGACCAAUGAUAUUUACUGCCUACCACACUCAUCCAUAAUGAAGAGCAUAAGGGCUUAAUUGUGGGCUUUUUAAAGAAAGAAAGUUGAAUACUAUUUAGUUCUUGUCAAUACUACACAUAGAUGACUGCAGGCAGAAGUUUCCUAUAUUCCAUGAAUCACACAUUGCACUUGUUGAGGAGAUAUUUCUACCCAUGCCCAUACACAGCAGCAACAAGUCCAUGUAAAGUUUAGACAGGUCGAUCUCUGUCAGACUUGACAGUCUAAAAUGUUCCACACAUGUUCUCUUGGAUCUAGACAUCUUGAAGGAAGAGUCACAAUAUCAUGUGAUUUAAGUGUUCCAGAACAGCCUAUGAUCUCUGAGUGCUAGCAUCAUUCAUAAAUACAGGUCUUGUGGCCAACACAUGAUUCUCCAAAUGGGGAUAACUACUGUGUCCAGGAUGUCAGGCUGAUAUCAAGGUAUGUUCAGAUUAUGUUUAUAGUGAUCAAGUCAAGUCAAUUGAAUGAAACACAUCUCCAUACCAUUACCACAGUCCUCUUCCAUCAAAUGGAUGGAUGUCUAGAAUGAUGUGUGCAGCCAUGGCUGUAUUUGCUCCAGAACUCCAAACAUGCAUGGCUGACUACCAUGGGUAACAGACAACUAUGGGAAAAUGGACUCUUUACUAGUGCUGGAGCAAUUGAUAGAAUAAUGGGUCAAUCCGUCAAUAUCGCAUCCAUCAGCAAUUAUCAAUGUGCUCAGGAGACUAAUUGAUAUUCAUUAAAAAAAUGAAACAUCAAAUAUAACUUUAGAAAAUAGGUUUCUUAUUGUAAUAUUUGUUAAAUCAAGACAUAAACACCCAACACGUAAAACUGCAAUGUAAACAACAUGCCCGUGUGCAUGUCUCAACAGGAAGUAUUCUCGAUUCUUGAUCGUAGUAUUUACCAUGCAGGUUUCGGUCGCACAAUGUGAUAUAGUGUCCCGUUAUGACCCAAGUGAAUUUGUAGUGGGCUCUAUGAUUACAAAUGAUCAUUGAUUGAUAUCUCAGCUCCAAUUAUCGAAUUGCAGUAUUCUAGUUUAGACAUACCAAAUGAGAUAUCAUCUGCAACAGAGUUUUCCGUAUCUGUAUCAGACCAUUUCUGAUACUUCUGGUUGAAAUCACUUUGCCUGUUAGGCACUGUGUCUUUAAACUCAACUGUUGUGAAAUGGAUGUUCCUUAUCAAGCGUUCCCCUCUGCAUCUUCUCUCCUGGGUGUGAGGCUGAACUGGUGAUGGCCUGUCCUUCAUUUGUUAUUCAGUGUUUCUAAGCUUUAAAUAAAUUUCAGUUUGUUGACAUCCUCCUUGAUAUCCAGUCUCAGUGCAAGACAUUCCUGCAUUUCUCACUCCAUAAUCUGCCAUCUUCACGCUUUAGACAGUAUGUGAGGUGUCAUGAUAUUGCCUUGUAAUUAGCAUGCAACCCUUGUUGAGACAUUUGUACCUGUAAUGUUGAUGACCAGUAUGUUGUAGACUUGUAACAGUUAUUGUGUUGAAGGCACAGUGUGCUACAUCGUACAUUAACUGUGCUGCUGUCAAUGGUGUGGGGGGAAACAUCUAUCAUAGAUUGAUAAAUGAUAAAUAUUUAGUAACCUUUUCAUUCUGUGUAAUUUUGAUUUUUGCUGUGCUUAAUUAAGUUCCAUGUGUAUAUUAUUCUGAAUGGAAUAAUAGUUUUAGAUACGAUGCUGCAAUCUAAUCAUUGCAUCCAUAUUGUUUGAAGUUCACAUGCAUUUUCUUACAGGAAAUAGUUUAAUACAAAUUUCAAAUGAUUAUCUUAUUUCAGUGCUUCUGUAAUAACAGAGGCCAAUAGUUUUCUUACAUGUGAAGUAAGUAUUGCAGUAGUAGUAAACAAAAGCUGUUUCACAGGCAAUAUUUCUCUUUGCCCCUGUAAUGACCCCUACCAAAAGCAACUUAUCCAGUGAAGCUUAAAACGUCACAUGCAUGUUUGUUCUAUAGAUGCCAAGAAACCGAUACUUUGUAAAGCGUCUGUCUUUAUUGACACUUUAGACUAUAUUACAUAGUCAGGUGAGCAGUGCUAUGUAACUCUUAUGUUCUAAUGAAAUUUGUUAUCUUUCAAGAAAGAGAUACAAUAUGUGUACAAAUAUUUAAAAUAGAACAUAAGUUAAAGCAUGUACAUUUUGCUUGGCAAGAAAUUGUAUAUCUUUUUAAGUACCUUUGAUUGUAAAACCUUUGUUAGUUUAUUUUGUUAUGUGCAUGUAUGUUAUAAGUACUGGUAUAUUAUUAAUACAUAGUAAAAAUGGAAAUUCUAUACAUGAAUAAACAUUGAUAAAAUUCA